AGGUGCCCCUGAACUGCGCAUGCUCCUAGACACGACGCCAUCUUGGAAUUUGAAUAUAUUGUGAAAGGGUCGGUAAAACAUUGGCGAAGGCUUGACGAGAAGAGCGAUAUAAGGCUGUUUCGAGACGCUCAGUGGUCCAUCUGGGCCCAAAUUUCGAUUUGACCACAAGUGAACAAUGAGUAGUUACCAGAUGAAUGCGUCUGGGGACCCUGCUAGGACCAUUGGUCCUAGCAGCGGUAACUACAUGGAUUUGUCCGACAUGCCAAUGGAGAACAAGCAACAACAGACCAUGAUGUGGCAGCAGAACCAGUACAUGACAGAUUCUGGCAUCCACUCAGGUGCAACCACACAGGCCCCCUCCAUCAGCAGCAAGACUGGCCCCGGGGAAGAAAUAGAGGAUGAGAACAUGGAUCCAUCCAAGAUGAUGUUUGACUGGGGGCCAGGCAACUUCAGCGACGGCUAUGGCCAGGAACAGGUGGAUGAUAUCAACCAGCAGUUGAAUCAAACCCGCUCCCAACGAGUGCGAGCAGCCAUGUUCCCAGAGACGCUGCCUGCUGGUGUCCAGAUCCCCUCCACACAAAUACACCCUGACCAGCCCACAGCAGUUCAGAGGCUCAGCGAACCAUCGCAGAUGCUGAAACACGCUGUUGUCAAUCUCAUCAACUACCAGGAUGAUGCUGAUCUGGCAACAAGGGCCAUCCCCGAGCUGAUCAAACUGCUGAAUGACGAGGACCAAGUGGUGGUGAGCCAAGCAGCGAUGAUGGUACACCAGCUGUCAAAGAAAGAGGCCAGUCGCCACGCCAUCAUGAAUUCCCCCCAAAUGGUUGCUGCUCUCGUGCGUGCCAUGAACAACACAGACGACCUGGAGACCACUCGCUGUGCCGCCGGAACCCUGCACAACUUGUCACAUCAUAGACAGGGUCUCCUGGCCAUAUUCAAAUCUGGAGGAAUACCAGCUCUUGUCAAACUCCUCAGUUCACCAGUGGAGUCAGUCCUGUUCUAUGCAAUCACCACACUGCACAACCUCCUGCUCCAUCAAGAGGGGUCCAAGAUGGCCGUGCGCCUGGCGGGAGGCUUACAGAAGAUGGUUGCACUCCUACAAAGAAACAACAAUGUCAAGUUCCUCGCUAUCACCACCGACUGUCUGCAGAUCCUUGCCUAUGGAAACCAGGAAAGCAAACUGAUCAUCCUAGCCAGUGGAGGACCCGGAGAGCUGGUCCGUAUCAUGAAAUCCUACACAUAUGAAAAACUGUUGUGGACAACAUCUCGUGUUCUGAAGGUGCUAUCGGUCUGCUCCAGCAACAAGCCAGCCAUUGUAGAAGCAGGAGGAAUGGCAAGCCUGGCUAUGCACCUUGGUCAUCAGAGUCAGAGGCUGGUCCAGAACUGUCUGUGGACACUCAGAAACUUGUCUGAUGCUGCAACAAGAAUUGAUGCAGUUGAAGGCCUCCUCCAGAUGUUGGUCCAACUCCUAACAUCCAACGACAUCAAUGUAGUCACCUGUGCCGCAGGUAUUCUGUCCAACUUGACCUGCAACAACCAGAGGAACAAAGUGAUGGUAUGCCAGGUUGGCGGAAUCGAGGCGCUAGUACGGACCAUCAUGCAGGCCGGAGACCGAGAGGAAAUCACCGAACCAGCUGUGUGUGCUCUACGCCACUUGACAGCCCGUCACCCAGAAGCAGAAAUGGCCCAGAAUGCUGUGCGCCUCCACUACGGCCUUCCAGUGCUAGUCAAGCUCCUUCACCCACCAAGUCGCUGGCCCCUCAUCAAGGCUGUUGUUGGUCUGAUCCGUAACCUCGCCCUGUGCCCUGCAAACCACGCCCCACUCCGGGAACACGGUGCUCUACCCCGCAUCGUACAACUCCUCAUCAGAGCACACCAGGACACUCAAAGGAGAGCCUCCAUCAGUUCCAAUAAUGGCGGUUCCAGCUAUGUCGAUGGUGUCAGAAUGGAGGAGAUCGUUGAGGGAACAGUUGGGGCACUUCACAUCCUCGCCCGCGAGGCUCACAACAGAGCAGUCAUCAGAGGCCUGAAUUGUAUCCCACUUUUCGUUCAGCUGCUGUAUUCCCCCGUUGAGAACAUCCAGAGAGUGGCAGCGGGCGUGCUGUGCGAGCUGGCCGCUGACAAGGAGGGAGCCGAGAUGAUCGAACAAGAGGGCGCCACUGCCCCCCUCACCGAGCUGCUACACUCACGGAAUGAGGGUGUUGCAACCUAUGCCGCUGCUGUGCUGUUCCGCAUGUCUGAAGAUAAGCCCCAGGACUACAAGAAGAGACUGUCCAUGGAACUGACCAGCUCCCUGUACAGAGGAGACCAGAACAUCCCUUGGUCAGAGCCCCCAGGGUUCAAUGUCGGGAUGAACCUGCCCCCGGAGGGUACCAGUGACACGUUGUAUGCCCCUCCCCAUCAUGGAAGUCAAGGAAGUAUGUACAGUGGUAGCCAACAUGACAUGGAUCGAGGACAAUCAGGCUUCAACUGAAAUCUGCACAUUUGAACCAAGGAACGAAUUUCUUCCAGAUUAUGAAGGACAAGUCCCAAUAAAUUCAAUGCAAGGCCUAGAAAUCGGCAGCCACCACGGUAGUGGCUAUGGCCACAUGGACAAUUUGCCCGAUCUGGGCCCUGGAUCAGGAGAUCUUAAUUUCGAAACUCUCGACUCCAGUCUCCCCCAACAGCCCCAAGGAGGGGAUAAUCAAGGCAUGGCCUGGUUCGAUACCGACCUUUGAACUCUGAACUCUGAACAGAACAGUGGUAAAGACACUUAAUCAACAGUCGGAUUGACUGACUUGAGAAGGAAGUGGAUCUGUACAAGCUAGUGCAAACUGUUAGGAUCGAGUCACAAGGAUACAGCUAGCUGUGUCAAAUACUGACAGUGGACUGACAGGGUUUGGUUGGAGCAGCCUUCAAGCAUAUCAGUGACUACUUGACUGAAAAAAAAAAUCUAUUUAUGCUAUUUACAGAAGCAAGACUUAAUGUCUAAGGUGUUUUCUGUUGGCUAUGUGUAUGAUUCUCAAUGUAAACCUUGUACUUUGUCAGUUUUUGAAAUGUUAAUCCGAAUUUUAUAAUGGCAGGACCAGUAAUGUAUAUAGUUUCAUUAUUUCAUUCCUUUCAGAACAAGUUUUGGAGAGGUAGUCCUUUUUCAACACAUUAACACUACAUUGGCACUGUCACUUCUGAGAUGUCAUUCUGCAGCUGUAUUGAAGGAAUACAAAAAAUGCCAUGUGACGCUUCCGUUUUACAUGCGUUUUUCUGAUUAUCAAUCAAAAUUUUAUUUUGUUGAACGAGUUUAUUUUAACUACAAAUAUAUAUAUUUAUGACCAAGAAAUGUAGUAGGAUGUUAUUUUAGUCAGAAGUAUCUGGUGAAUAACUGCUUCUUUGGCGUGAGCAAAAUUUCUUCUAUCAUUACUAAGGGUUGUGAAAUUUUAAAAGUUUUUUUUACAUAAACCACUCAUCUAUCAUGCAUUCACUCUUUCCCCCCAUCUUUUAUCUAUAUAUUAUCUAUGAACAUGUUUUACAUGAUGAAUAUUUGUGAAGAGAUUUUUUUUUUCAAAGUAUAUAGUAUUUGCAUUUAAUAGAGGCAAUUUUGAUAGAUUUUCAUUUUUUGACGUUAAUUAGUAUACCAUCAACCUAGUGAUUCAUUCAUGCCACUUUUUUGUAACGCUCUUAGCCAAAUGUAGUUGUAGCUGACUGUUUUAGUACCUCUGUGCAUGACGACAAUAAAAAAGAUGGUGUUUUAUAUA